AUGCAAAGCACAGUGCAAAACCUCCGAGAUGGCCUGUGGAAUCUACCGAACACGGUAAAUAGCUUGCUUCUAGCGGGGGCGACGUCCUCGCUAAGCUCCCUGGCAGAUAUCGGACGGAAAGAUUCCUCGGACGAACUCAUUCGAGAGCAAAAACGUCACCCCGAACGGGAUGACAACAACAACGACGGUGAUGAAGAGGUAGCUGGUGCAGAAAGCGACCAGGAAGCAGUCGUUCCGAGCAACCCGAACGAGGCCCCGAAACCAAGAGAUGAUGAUUACAGCGUGGAACCGAUGAACAGCUCGGUGGGAUCCUUGAGCGCAUUAUCUGAAGACCGGUACAAUCUUACCGAAACUUCAGUAUCGGAAUUUCGCGACCAUUCUACACGUAGUCCGGAUCCUAUUCUUCGUGUAAAAUGGCAGCUUGUGCCGCUAGACCCUAACGCAACGUUAACAGAGCUGGCACAAGCGAUCAACGUUUGCCGGACGUUGGUGCAAUCAAACGCGUAUGAGCCCGAAUCGGAUCAAAGCAAAUGGUUGGUACGGCACCUUAUCGAGCUGCGGUAUCGAUACCGGGAGUUGGUCGAUUACAGCCGAGAUCCCGAGGCGGUGCUGGAGGAUACGGAAAUUAUCCUUGGUCAUCAUUUCGUCCGCCAGAAGCAGCUACCGCUCCAGCAGCUUCAGCAGAAGCGCCAUCUGUAUUGUGACCACUGUUCCGGAAUCAUUUGGAACGUUGCUCAGGCUUCAUAUGUGUGCUAUGAUUGCUCCUUUGCGGUGCAUCACAAGUGCGUGCGAAACGUAAUGCGAAUCUGUGCACAUGUAGUCACGACCGAACACAAGCUGCCUAUCGAAUGCAUCUGUCCGGAGAUUGGGUUAGCCUUUCAAAAGUACACCUGCGCAGAAUGUGUGGCUCAGUUAAGUUACAGUGUUUCAACAGCGGUCAACUGCUUCGGGCUAGAAGUCAAAGCCGAGAAACUCAACUCGAUCGAGCCACGUCUUUGCGACUACACCGGGUUGUACUACUGCCCAGCUUGCCACUGGAACGAUACCAGCAUCAUUCCUGCGCGAAUCACAAACAACUGGGACUUUGUGCCGCGAAAGGUUUGCCGGGCGUCACGCCAGCAGAUCGAACUUUUGCUGCAAAAACCGGUCAUCCGGUUGGAGGAGAAAAAUCCGCGCCUUUUCACGUUCAUUCCUCGGCUGGCGGAAGUGAAGCGUACUCGCGAGCAGCUGAGAGAGAUGAAGCGAUAUCUCAUUGCGUGCCGAUUGGCAAAUGACGCGAAACUCAUCGCGAAACAAACUGGCAAAGGGCGCCAUCUGAUAGAAUCUGUUGACUUGUACAGUGUGGCGGAUCUAGUUGGCGUUGAGGACGGUUCGUUGCUCGGAUACCUACGCACGAUGCGGGCUACCUUCGAGCAUCAUAUUCGCAGCUGUUUGAUUUGCUCCGGCAAGGCGUAUAUCUGCGAGCUGUGCAAUAACGAUGAAAUCUUGUUCCCGUUUGAUGAAGCAGCCGUUCGCUGUUUGCUCUGUAACACCGUGAGCCAUCGGCAGUGUCAUCAACGCAAGAAGCAGAAAUGCGCCAAGUGUGCUCGCAUGCGACGACGCGCGCUCCAAACCUUGAGAGAGCAGCUGGAUCUAGAAAACGGAAACUAAACUGACCGAUUGUGUGUUUAUGCUUCUUUGGGAAAUUACAGCAUAGCUUUGGAUGUGUGCUUUUUAAUUACCUCACGGCAGCAGCAUCGUUUUCACGCCUCAAUAAACGCCACAUAUCUGCAA